UUUUUACAUGUUUUAUUUCCUUUCGAGGUAAUUACGUAUAUUGCAGGCCGUUACCUAUGGAUGAUUGCGAGUAAGUUAUUUUCUUUGGAAAGUUUUUUAACACAUUUUUAAGUCAUAACAAAAAAUACAAGAUAAACCGCUCAACUCCCUUUGGCUGAAAAGUUAGUGUGCGUGCAGCUAUUGCACUUCACUUUUCAUCGAAAAUAAAAGCUCUGCAGUAAACCCCCAUACCGGCAUCAGACCGAAGUUAUCAACGGGAUCGUCGGGGAAUGAUGUCAAUGUGUUAGUCCCAAUGAAAUCUCGCGAGAAAUCUACGAGAACGGAAGUUCCGUCUCUGGGCCGGGAGUCAGUUGAGUAUAUUUGUGAUCCACUUGUUUACGGUAACGAGAAUGACUGUACUUGCUCAUUGAUCAUACCGACUUGUCCUGUAAUUAUCGUGUCAUUUGGCUUUCUUUCCCGCACGUCCGUUGCGGAAGCGAGCUGUGAAUGACAGACAUCGUGUCCUCCACUGUACUUAGUGAAAUACAACUUCGCUUACUCUGUCAUGAUGACAUAGAUACAGUGAAGCAACUCUGUGGUGAUUGGUUCCCAAUAGAGUAUCCAGAUUCAUGGUACCGGGACAUCACGUCCAACAAGAAAUUCUUUUCCCUAGCGGCCACAUACAAAGGUGGCAUUGUGGGAAUGAUUGUGGCUGAAAUAAAAAAUAGAACAAAGGUGCACAAAGAGGAUGGAGAUAUUCUGGCCUCUGGUUUUCCUGUAGAGACACAAGUUGCUUACAUUUUAAGUCUAGGAGUUGUAAAGGAAUUCCGAAAACAUGGAAUAGGUUCAUUAUUACUUGAAAGUCUGAAGGAUCACAUAUCAACCACUGCUCAAGAUCAUUGCAAAGCAAUCUAUUUGCAUGUCCUUACUACUAAUAGUACUGCCAUCCACUUCUAUGAAAAUAGGGACUUUAAGCAACAUCAUUAUCUGCCCUAUUACUACUCUAUACGUGGUGUUUUAAAGGAUGGGUUCACUUAUGUUCUUUAUAUCAACGGGGGACAUCCUCCUUGGACAAUCUUUGACUAUAUUCAUCAUAUUGGUUCAUCUCUGGUGAAUCUGAGGCCUUGCUCCAUUCCUCAGCGGAUAUACCGUCAAGCGCAGAACAUUAUUCGCAGUUUUUUACCCUGGCCUGGUAUCUCAGCAAAAAGUGGUAUUGAAUAUAGCAGAGCAAUGUGAUCAUUUUUUUUGAAGAAAAAUUCUGAAAAGCCUCAAAACAGACCACGUGCACUGAAUAUAUUUGUAUUUCUUCCGGACAUCCAUAUGCCAAGCAGGGAGGAUGGGAUGCCAUAUUUCAAGAUACUCAGAGACACUCCAUCAUUGUUGCAAUUCUAAUUCUACAUAGAAUGUAUUAUAUUACAGUGUUACUCAUCUAUUAGAUAUAGAGCAAGGGCAGUGCACCAAGAUUUAUUUGUUCCGUUCAUGCCUUUUGAUCACUUUUUACAUAUUGUAAUUUGCUGCUAUGUAGAAAACCACUUCAUCUUUGUAAUUAUGUAUGAAUUCUAAAUGUAGGUGCAUUUUUUUGCUUGAGUAUUUCAGUUUUAUUGUGACGGAGAUUCUUUAUUUUGAUUUUAUCACAUUUAGGUUUUAAAGUUGCUGAACUAGUUUAUGUGUUCUCAUCCUUUUACAGCCGUUAUCUGCAAUUCAUUGUUGGGCUUGUAACAGUGAGAAGCAAAAUCUAGUUUUUUUUGAUUGAUGGACAUUUUGGCUAUCAAAGUGCCUACCUUUAGUUGCAAUAUAAAGGAGUCUUUGUAUAUCUCUGUCCUUUACUGAACUGCAUUGAAUGUACUCGGUUUACUUUAUGUAUUUGAAUUGGGAAAGGGGAGGGUGGGGAGGAAGGGUGGAAACAUGCAGACACGUCAGCCGUUUUUAUCAAUCAUUUGAAUGACCACUUAAUGGAAUAAAGGUUAUCAUUAAUUCAAGAAAGUGGUGGAAAAGCCCAAUAUAAGCAAUCACUGUUUUGAACAGCUAUUUAUGCUGCUAUUCACCACUUUCUUACGCCGUUCUAUAUCUUGUUUUCUUGAUUUUCAUAUUUGGGAAAUUACACUUUUUGGCAAUUGAGAGCAUCUUCUAUAUAAAUUUGUUUUGAACUGCUCCAAAUAAACACAACAUUAAGUGUAGUUUCCCUUCCUAAAAGCAAAAAUUCAUUUUCCUUUCUCUCGCUUUUGCAGUGCAUGAAUUACUUAAUCAAUGUGUGGCUCUGUCCAUAUGUCAGACCGUAAUCAAACGUGUAAAUAAUUGCAAGGUUUUUCAUCAAUUUUUUGGUAUAUGCCUGUUAAUUAUUGUAAUGGUGUAAUGUAUGUGUCACAGAUGGGAAUACAGAUCAUUAUGAACUGCUAGAACUACUGUGAAAAGUGUUCCUAUAUAAUGUGUCAAUCUACAUGAAUUUCAACAUUUUUUAGCAGUGAUCUAGCUGUUUAAAAUUUUAAAAUUCAUUCCGUGAUUCUAUUUCACUAUUUCAAAAAAGUAAAAAAUGCCUACACUGUUUCACAGAAUUUUAAAAUUUUGGCACCAAUGACAAUCAGUGUAUGACUUUUAAACAGUAAUUGCACUUUAGAUGUAUAGUAAAUGUUAAUAUAUUUAUGUAGUGACACCCCUUGUAUCUGGGCAGAAUUUGUUUCAAUACACAGACUUCUGAUCUAUUAAUGAAAACCAGUAUUCAUUGUUCAUGGAACACCAGGCUCUAUGGAAGAAUAGAACCAUAGUGUGAAAUAAAGAUCAAAUAUUCAGAAUUUCAAUUGACUACGAUAGUAGUUAAAUAUACAAACAGAAUAAUAAAGAUUCCACUCUAACGUAGUAUCUUGCUUUGUUGUUUUUUUUUAUGUGGGCAUUGAAGUUAACGAUUUUUCUUAUUUUUGAACUAAUUGAUUUAUGGACUGCUGCAUUAAUUUGAGAAAUGUAUUUGCCUGUUUAUUGCAUAAAUGUUUUUAAAUAGAAUGACGUUUUGUUUCUUGUUUUACAAAACUUAACAGAUUCUUGUGCAGAAUUAUUUUUUAAAACAAUUAGAUCACAAAUUUACUGGUCACAGCACUGAAAGGAAUGUUGCUCAAACAAUUAAAAAAAAUGUCA